UUCUUUGCCAAAAAGCAUGGAUGAAAAUGAAAGCAGCCAGUCCCUGAUGGCAAUUAGCCAGUAUCCUAAAGAAGCCGUGAGGAAACGCAACAACUCCGCACGCAACUCUGGAGGAAGUGAAUCUUCUAGGUCAUCCAGGAAGAGUUUCAAGCUGGACUACAGACUAGAGGAGGAUGUGACUAAAUCAGAGAAAGGAAAGAAUGGGAGAUUUGUCAAUCCUUGGCCCACGUGGCUAAGUCCCUCUCUGCCAAGUGUUCUCAGGUGGCUGAUAAUGGAAAAGGACCACAGCGGUAUCCCGUCGUCCAAAGAGGAACUUGAUAAAGAGCUGCCGGUCCUCAAGCCCUAUUUCGUCAGCGACCCCACAGAAGCCCGAGUGAAGGAAGAGGGCUUACGUGUCACCUGGCUGGGCCAUGCCACAGUGAUGGUGGAGAUGGACGAGCUCAUAUUUCUCACGGAUCCUAUCUUCAGCACCCGGGCUUCUCCGUUGCAGUUCAUGGGCCCCAAGCGUUUCCGUCCUCCGCCGUGCUCCGUCAGUGAGCUCCCCCCAAUCGACGCCGUCCUCAUUAGUCACAAUCACUAUGACCACCUGGACUAUAACUCUGUUGUUGCUCUGAACGAGCGGUUCGGGAAUGACUUGAGAUGGUUCGUGCCUUUGGGUCUCCUGGACUGGAUGCAGAAAUGUGGCUGUGAGAAUGUGAUUGAGCUGGACUGGUGGGAGGAGAAUUGUGUCCCUGGACACGAUGCGGUCACCUUUGUCUUUACGCCUUCCCAGCACUGGUGCAAAAGGACUCUGAUGGAUGACAACAAGGUUCUGUGGGGCAGCUGGUCUGUUUUGGGACCUUGGAAUCGAUUUUUUUUUGCAGGCGACACUGGGUAUUGCUCUGUUUUUGAAGAGAUUGGGAAAAGAUUUGGACCUUUCGACCUGGCUGCUAUUCCCAUCGGAGCUUAUGCGCCCAGGUGGUUUAUGAAAUACCAGCAUGUAGAUCCAGAUGAAGCAGUAAGGAUUCAUAUCGAUGUUCAAACAAAGAAAUCGGUGGCAAUUCAUUGGGGAACAUUUGCCUUAGCCAAUGAGUAUUACUUAGAACCUCCUGCGAAACUGAAUGAGGCUCUAGAAAGAUAUGAACUUAGUCCUGAAGAUUUUUUUGUUUUGAAGCAUGGAGAAUCAAGAUACUUGAACACUGGAACCUUUGAUUAAAUAUCAGCACAGGAACUUUUAAUGAAAAAGGCAUCACCUGAUAUACAUUUGAGAAGACUUCUUUAGAAAUUCAAGAGUAUUAUGAAGUUUUACUUUGGAACAACUGCAAGUUUGUGUUUUAUUUAUAACUUUCUAAUAUGAUUGUCAGUUCAUAAAAACAAUUCAGGGAUGGGUCAUUUAAAUAAUGAAUUAGCAAAUGUGGAUUUCAAGUUUUGUCUCAGUGGUAUAUAUGACACUGCAGUAGAAUUUUUUUUUUUUUUACUA